AUGACAACACCACAAAUAAUUAAACAAGGUGCAGAAGCUAAGUUGUAUAUUGGAAAAUACAAUGAAAAACGAUGCUUAGUCAAAGAAAGAUUCGUAAAAACUUAUCGUUUAACGGAGAUCGAUAAAACAUUAACAAAAGCACGCAUUAAAGCUGAACAAAAAACAACAAAAAGAUGUGAAAAUGCGGGAAUUUUAGUACCAAAAGUAUAUAAUGUUGACUUCAAUGAAAGAAAAGUAUACAUGGAAUAUUUUGACAAAGCGAUGACUGUCAAGGAAUUUAUUGUUCAAGUUCAAAAGGAAAAAAAGUUGGAAGAACUUGACAUGUUAAUGAAGAGAAUUGGAGAAGUAAUUGGAAAAUUCCAUGCUAAUAAUAUUAUUCAUGGUGAUUUAACUACUUCGAAUAUGCUUAUUAAUCCAAAAGAAAAUGAUUAUGAUCUCAUUAUGAUCGAUUUUGGUUUAUCAAGUUUCUCCACUAGUCAUGAGGAUAAAGGUGUUGAUUUGUAUGUCCUCGAGAGAGCUUUAUUAAGUACACAUUCAGAUCUACCUGAUCUCUUUAAUUCUAUCCUGAAACAUUACAAGGAUAUAAAUCCAUCAACAGAAACAAUCCGAAAAUUCGAAGAAGUUCGAGCUCGAGGAAGGAAGCGUACAAUGAUUGGAUAA